UUUCGCCAUUUCCAAUACCCUCCUUGAGUUGCCGCUGCUUCAGAGCUCUUCGCAGAAACACAGAGCAGCAAUGGGACGAGUCAUUCGAGCUCAGCGUAAGGGUGCCGGCUCUGUCUUCAAGUCCCACACCCACCACCGCAAGGGACCGGCCCGCUUCCGCUCGCUCGACUUCGGCGAGAGGAAUGGCUACCUCAAGGGCGUCGUGACGGAGGUCCUUCACGAUCCCGGCAGGGGCGCGCCGCUCGCUAGGGUUACCUUCCGCCAUCCUUUCCGCUACCAGAAGCAGAAGGAGCUGUUCGUCGCCGCCGAAGGGAUGUACACUGGACAGUUCGUGUACUGCGGUAAGAAGGCCAACCUUAUGGUUGGAAACGUCUUGCCUCUCAGAUCUAUCCCCGAGGGAGCAGUCGUCUGCAACGUCGAGCACCACGUUGGUGAUCGUGGUGUCUUCGCUAGGUGCUCUGGUGAUUAUGCCAUCGUUAUCAGCCACAAUCCUGAUAACGACACCACUAGGGGUCAAGCUUCCAUCUGGUGCUAAGAAAAUUGUGCCAAGCGGCUGCCGCGCCAUGAUUGGACAAGUUGCUGGAGGUGGUAGAACUGAGAAGCCUAUGCUCAAGGCUGGUAAUGCUUAUCACAAGUACCGGGUGAAGAGGAACUGCUGGCCUAAGGUGCGUGGUGUGGCUAUGAAUCCAGUUGAGCAUCCUCAUGGUGGUGGUAACCACCAGCAUAUUGGUCAUGCCAGUACGGUGAGGAGGGACGCACCACCUGGGCAGAAGGUUGGUCUUAUUGCCGCGAGGAGAACUGGUCGACUCAGGGGCCAGGCUGCUGCUACUGCUUCCAAGGCGGACAAGGCAUAAUCCUGUCUAUUCGAGUUUUUGGGAUUUGUUUUUGCUACCUACCUGCAAUUUAGAUCAUUUUGAGGAGACAGUGUUUGUAGUCUUGUUCUGAUAAGACGAUGAAGAUGUUGGUUUUAAUGGUUUUGUUCCUUUAUGCUGGAUUAAGAUAUACUUGUGCGCCAUUUUAUUUGGGAUUCGACCCGUCUCUUCUUCCCAGUUCGAUGUUAUUAUGCAUGAUUGAAAGUUUUCCAAUUGGAUCUUCUGCUAUGGAGAUUUCAGGCUAAGUUAAUCAACUGCUCUUGUUGGCUUUUCGGUAGUAAAU